AUAAAUUAAGCCUCGGACCAGAGCUAGGUUUGCCCAACUGAAGACCCAAGGGUCCUUCAGUAAAAUCACACCUCCAACCCUGCCUUCUUUCCUUUCUCUCUCACACACAAACACCAUAAACACGUACUCACUUUCUCUCUCUAAAAAUAUGCGGAAAUCUUCUAGAAGAUCAAACGCACCGGUCCUGCCGUUAACAUCGGCGUUUCAACAGCCGAGUUCUCCGUCCGGCCGGUACGGCGGUUACACACCGUCGUUCGCCGGUGACACGUCAUCAUCUCCAUUCGCGUCAUCAACAAGCUCCAGUUUCUAUUCAUCUCCGUCGUCAACUCAUGUCUACAGCCGUUCGUCAUCUCCGACACGUGUAAAUCUCGCUCCGGUGUCGUCAUCUUCCGUCAGGUUUUCGUUAUCAAGCAGAUCUGGAUCUCCGAACCGAUCUAUGGCGGUUAAUCCUCGAGAUCAGGUUGUACGGAAGCAAAACGUUUCGAAUCCGUUGAAGAAUUUGCCGAAGAAGACGUGUAUGUGUUCGCCGACGACGCAUCCAGGCUCGUUCCGGUGUAGUUUGCAUAAGAAUUACAAUAUUAACCAAACGUACUCACCGAAUCGAUUAAACGCUCGUAGAUCUGCGAUGACGAACUCGCUUGUGCGAAUUGGAACCGUUGAAGGUGGAGAUCUGGUUAAACGAGCUCUCGCGGCGUUGAUCCGGCCGUCGUCGCAUCAACAGCGGCGGAGAUCGGCGUUUGAGCCGCGACCUAGCCGGUUGUCGAUCAUGUCAAAGGCCGAUGACGUAUGAGUUUGUUGUUCAUACGUCAUAUUUUACGGUUACAGGUUUGUGCCGUGGAUUGCGUGUAUUGUUCUGUUGCGUGCAGAGCCGUUCCGUUAGGUGCCACCGUAUUCCGUCGUAUUCGCCGUUAUGUUUGGUGGCUGAUUCGUUACGUGUAAGGUUUCAAGGUGAUAUUUGAAGUGAUAAACAAGAAACGUCAUGGCUGAAGAGUUCUACAACACGUUCUACAACGUGUUUACAUCUGACUCGUCUGAAACAUCAACUGUCACACCAAAAUCAAUAACAAAAACAAUCAAUGAUAACAUAAAACAUGAAAAUUUCUAUGGAACUUAUUCGAAACCACCUAAGCUUGAGAAGAUAGAGGAUUACACUUGAUGGAAAGAAAGAUUCCUGAACUGGAACAAGGCAUAUAUGCUCACGAGAGCUGGUUCUGCUUAGAGUUUGGAUACAGUCGACCGAUCAAUGACAAGAAAGAAGAAAUCCCUCUCAAAGAUCUUUCAGAUGAAGACAAACGGAAAUUCUCAUAUGAGCAGAAGAUGAUCGCUUUGAUUCAACAAUCUAUCCACGAUGAUAUAUUUUAUUUGUUAAAUCAUGAUGGGUCAUCAAAAUCAGUUUGGGAAGCAUUAAGGGUUAAAGCCGAAGGUGGCAAACAAAUUAAAAAGAACAAAAUUGCUUUACUAAAAAAGGAAUUUGAUUUGUUUGAUAGCUUAAAGGGAGAGACAGUGAGGCAAAUGAUUGAACAUUUUUGUCAUUUAAAAUUGAACUCGAAAGCUUUGAGAUUGAGAAAACGAGAGAAGAAAUAAUAGAUAAAAUCAUAGAAGCGUUACCACGAGCUGAUCAGUGGCAAACGUUUGUGUUUAUCUUGAAAAAUGAUGUUUUAUAUGAUUCAAUUUCUCUUGAUGCCUUGAUAGAAAAUAUUGAAAGUCAUGAUCUUGAGCUACAAAAGCAAAGCAAGAUGAGCGGUUCUUCGCAUCAUCAGAAUGUCGGUCUUUACUACAAGGGCAAUGCUCUUUCGGUGAAAGUUGGUGAAUCACCAAAGACCGGAUUUAGCGUUGAAAAGACGAAAGAACCACAAACAAGCUUAUCAAGCUACAAUCCAGGAUAUCACUCAUCUUCUUAAAAAACAAAUCCUGAUGAAUCAGAGGAAAUACUGUGCAACAUUGCUCUUAAGCUAAAGAAUUCUCCAGCUAUGAGCAUUAAUGCAGCUAAGCAGCAAAUGAGUUUCCUUGCAUCUGUUCUGGAAUCAUAUGAAGGUCUAGUAGCUGGUAAAAUUGGAAAUUCUGAAUUGACCAAAGAAGACUAUGGCCAGAUUGAUCCGGAAGAGAUGGAACUUAUCGAUAUCCGCUGGUGUUUAGCAAGCUGCAUCAGAAGAGCUCAGAGAUACAUGGAGAUUACUGGAAAACAGACAAUCGGUGGUCCGUCAACAAAGCUGGGAUUCAACAAAUCCAAAGUGACCUACUUCAGAUGUAAGCAAAAAGGUCAUUUCAAAAGAGAAUGCAAAAACUCUAAAGUUGAUGAAACUGAGAAACCUUUCAAUGAUGAUUAUUAUCGGAAGGCAAUUUAUCACCGUAGCAAAGAAGAGCCGAAACUGAUUGAAAAUAAUCCCAAAUAAAAGUCAAGAGCUUGUGCAGUAAUCCAUGAUGACGAAGGGUUUGAUUGGAGUGAGAUUCUUCCAGAAGAAGAUCGUGUUGAAACAGCUCAUGGCAGAACGAUAUCAAAAAGCAAACAUUAUGUUUUUGUUGCUGAAAUCAAGGAAAGAAGUCGAGAAGAAAUUCUGAGUUAGAAAGCUGAAAGAGAGAGAUUCUUUGCAGGCUGCAGGAUUGAGAAAAUGCAAGAAGAAUACGAAGAUGCAAAGUACUAUGGAAGAUAUGACAAGAAGAGAGAUUGCUAUGUCAACAGAAAUGGUGAUCCUGUCGUUCACAAAAAAAGAAGUGGUUUUUGAUGAUGUUCUUGCUGUAAUUCCUCUGUCCGGCGAAUACUAUUCGAACAUUGCGAAAGAUAAAACAGGUUAUCUGAAAAAGCUGGAUAAGAUAAUUCGUGACGUGAUGACUGCGAGUUUGAAAAAGAGGGAUGGAGAGAGAAUGAAUAAAAAUGUUGAAGAAUUGGUUGAUGAUUUGAAGAAAGUGGCUGAAGAAGUCAAAGUCAAAGCCGUGAAAGUUGAAGAUGAGAAGAUUGAAGAAGAGAAGGUGAUAAAAGGAGUUGUUGAAGAAAAAGCUGUUACUGAAGAACAGUAGGUUGGUCAAGAAGAGAUGAUGAAGAAAGAAGAAGAAGAAGAGGUAAAGAAGGAGAGUUUAGUUGCUGGUGAUGAAGCUGGUGCUGGUGAUGAAAAGAAGAAAAAUAAUGAUCAGACAGAAACUGCAGCAGAGAACACCGGAGUGUCAAUCACUAAGGUGCUUCCGAAGAUAUCUGUAUGUCAAGAAGAGUGUCAGAGCAGCCUAGCACAAGAAGAGGAGGCUGCUGAACCCUGUGAUGGUUGAAACAGGGAGUUUGUUUGUUUUCUGUAAAUAAAUAAACAAUAUUUCUAAAAAGCCCUAAAAAUUUAAAAAAAAAUUUAAAACCAAAAAUAUGUUUUUAUUUUGUCAAAAAUUUGAAAAAUAAAAAAUAUGUUUGUUUUUAGAUUUUGUCAAAUAUUCAAAAAUUCAAAAAAUAUGUUAAUUGAAUAUGCCGAAACCCUCACGGCGGAACAAACAUGAUUAAUUUCACAAGAUUGAAAAACGGUUUUCAAACUGUAAAAGAUCAAUGUGUUGUAAAUCAUGGGGGUAUUUACUGCUUUUCAUGCAAUUCGGUACAUAUUAAGCAGAAAAUGGAUGGCGAGACAAAGCUAUCAGUGCCGGUUUGUCAAAUUUUCUUUAAAUGAUUUUGAAUUUUAGGGGGAGUAAGAAAUUGUCAGAAAAUCCAAAAACAUUAGAAAAUUUGAAAAAUCCAAAAACAUGAUAAAAACCUACUGACAAAAACAUUAAUAAAAUUCGAAAAAGAGUUUUUGUGUAAAAAGAGGAAAUGAUAGUACAUCAGUAGACAAUCACAGUACGCUAAAGAAUUGGAAAGUUAAAAUGUGAUAAACGGUCUCACUGAUGAUAUGCCAGUAGAUUUUUACACGUUUAGUAGAUUGUUUUUGAGAUAUAAACCUAAAUAUCAAAUACUUACUUAUCUCGUGGGGAACAUCUCUCGGAUAUAUGGGUAACCCCCGAAAUCUUGUUUGAAAGAUUUUCUAUUUAUGACAUACUAUGUCUUUGUGCGUGGUGAUAUCUGGGGUAUUAUACCAGGACUUCUGAUUUUACGGGAGCAAUAGCCUAGUCCUCGUAUAAUGCUUUGCAUUGCUUUAAUCAUAAAGCCUACCCUCAGCAUAAAAAAUGAUGAAACAUUGAAAAAUGCUAAUCAUGUGCUGUUGAAGAAAAGAUCCCCAAACGGGACACACCUAAAGUCGAGCCAUCAUCUCUUUGUCUGAACGGAAGUUCUAACCUGUGCUCUCAUGGCCUCGCAUUACCCGUUUACAGAUAUCAUUAGUGUACAUUCACCUGUAAGACUGAAUAUAGGAGUCUGGAUACAGGAGUAUAUUCUGAGGUGGGACACACGAAUAAGUUAAGUCCUUAAAACACUAAUUCGUAUCUUGAAUCAAUUGAACUUUGUGUGAAAAUUUAAGUGGAUCAGUAUACUGACAAUCUAAGUGAAUUGUUGAGAAUUUAAAGUGUUCAAAGCUCAACGGUGCUAGUGAUUUGUCAUAAACUGAUAUGAUCCUCUGACACGAACUCAAACAAAAAUAUUGUCUGUAAAUAUGUUUGUAAAUAUUUCUUUACUGCUUUAUGUUUCAGAAAAAUUCAAAAAGAUUUUGAUUUCUAUUUUAUUUUCGACAACCGAUGUCUGAGAGCUGAGUUUCAAAAUCUAGUAUGCUGAUUGUGUUUCUGAAAAUAAAACAAGUUCAUUAAUUUGAAACUUGAUGUUUUAAUCAAAAAUCAAAAAUAGUUUGUGAUAUCUCCAAGGUCAUUAAAUUGGACUUGGAUGAUUAACCAAGAAGGAUUUGGAUUUUUAGAUUCUUAAAAUCUAUUGGAAAGAGCCAGUUUUCGAUGUUGGAUUCUUAAAUAAUGCCAAAUCUUUAAAGUUUAUUGAUAGGGGGAGAGUAUCAAGUAUUUCUGGAUAUAUUCAUAUUAUUAUAUCUUAAAGCCAGGAUCUUGAUUUAGAAAGUUUAAAAGAGCCAGGUCACAAUUCCUGGAUAAUUGAAUGUUCAAAACAUUGUUACUUAUAAACGUUUGAGAUUUGCAGAUGUUUUUCCAGACUACGAUCCCGACAGCCGAGUCUAAGGGGGAGUCUAAAGACGAGCUCAACACAAGAGGAAGCGUGGAUUCAAGGUGCCAGGAAUCUAUCAUGAAGGAGCUUGUAAUCGGAAAGCCAGGUGUCGAUCCCGAAAGCACGGAAGCUUGACGAAAGUGGGAGCCUGAAGAGUCUACUGAAAGGGGGAGCUGAAGCUGAAGAAAAAUCCACGGGGAUUUUGUUCGAGAAAGAAGGAGUCUGUGUUUCUGAAGAUGUUAAAGCUUCAAGAAGACUCAAAGAGAGAGAGAAAGACAAGACGCUACGAGUUUGACUACGGAUUGACUGCGGCAAUAUCCAAGGGGGAGCCUGUUGGUGCAUUUAUGUCUAUCGCCUCCGUCAAUUCAAACUGUAGCUGAAACUGAAGAAAACUCGCCUUACAUUGUAAUAUUAGAUAGAAAAAGGCAAGGUGGCAUUAUUGUAAAUAAGGGGAAAUCCCUUAUAAGCCUUGACCUAUAAAUAGAGGAGUUAAGGCUUUAGUUUAGGACUUUUGCCACAUUAGAGACUUGGAGCUUUUGAAGGUUAGAGAGAGAAUCUAGAGAGAGAAAGUGGCAAGGUGAUUCACGUUUCUUGUACGAUUUCAGAUCUAUAAAGAAUCACCGAUUAUAUUA